AUGGUCCCCGCCCUUCGGUUGGGCCUUUUUCUGACUCACAGCCCUCCUACAAAUCUCAACCUGAUGGGAACCACUACCACAAUUAGAGCCAACAUGACUUCCCUGGAAUCAAUCCUGGCAGGUAAAUACCCUGCAAAAGCUCAUGCACGCCGGGUGGCCCAAGGUCUUCAAUCUUAUGGAAAUGGCCGCCAUGGAAUUAUCUACCUCGAAGCACAGAAAACUCGACUCAUUGAGGACAAUGACGAGGCCAUGCCAUUUAGACAACGCCGACCGUUCUUCUAUCUAUCUGGAUGUCUACUGCCAGAUUCCUGUCUUAUCUACAACAUCGAGCUUGAUGAACUUACCCUUUUCAUCCCCCCAGUUGAUCCACAGGAUGUGAUCUGGUCUGGCCUGCCAAUGUCUGCAGUAGAAGCGCAAAGGCGUUAUGAUGUUGACUUUGUUCUGCCGACGCCUGCAGUGAACGCUACCCUAUCUUCGAUUGUUUCGAACAAUCCCGGAAAAGUAAUUGCUUUUGCGAUUGAGGACCAAAUUUCUGAGGGCACCGAGUUCCAUGGGUUUUCUGAGGUCAACACCUCUUUACUCAAAGGUAUCAUUGGGACAUCUCGUGUCGUCAAGGAUGAAUAUGAGGUCGCGCUUCUGAGGAAGGCAAACGACAUCUCCGCGAAGGCACAUAUUGCGGCCAUAAAAGCCUCCAAGACUGCAACAAAUGAGCGCGAGAUCGAGGGUGCUUUCAUAGCGACAUGCAUCGCCCACGGUGCACGCGAACAAGCAUACCAUCCAAUCGUUGCAUGCGGCGAGAAUGGUGCCACCCUUCAUUACGGCAAGAAUGACACUAACUUGACCGAUCCUGUCACCAACCAGAGAAAAGGAAGCGUUUUGAUAGAUGCGGGAGGGGAGUAUAGCACAUAUUGUGCUGAUAUCACACGAGUCUUUCCUUUGGGUGGCAAAUUCCCGCUAGAAACCCGCCAAAUAUAUGAAUUGGUCUUGCAGAUGCAGACAGAAUGCAUUGAGAUGCUGAAAGAAGACGUUCAGUGGGAGGACGUACACAUCCAUGCCCACCGCAUUGCUAUUCAGGGACUGAAGAAACUGGGAAUUCUUCGUGGCCACGAAGACGAACUGAUGGAAAAGAGGAUCAGCGUGGCAUUUUUCCCCCAUGGAUUGGGACACUAUCUGGGUAUGGACACCCAUGAUACUGGAGGCAACCCGAAUUAUGAAGAUGAAGACACGAUGUUCAAGUAUCUUCGUGUAAGGGGUCGCUUGCCUGCUGGUUCGGUUAUCACGGUAGAGCCAGGCAUCUAUUUUUGCCGCUUCAUAAUCGAACCUUUCCUCGAGUCCACCACGACAAGCAAAUAUAUUAACACUGAUGUCUUGGAGAAAUAUUGGAGUGUAGGUGGUGUGCGCAUUGAGGAUAACAUCCAUAUCCUGAAAGAUGGAUUCGAGAACCUGACUACAGCACCAAAGACCGUCGAAGAGGUGGAAAGAUUGUCUUCAUAGACCGUUGCUCACUCUGUACCUUUGUCAAAGAUUCCACCUUCAGGCUGUCCUAUCCUGCCUACCCUUUCAAUCGCCGGGCCUUGGUUGGAACAUGGCCAGCCCAGGUAUUCAUGUCAGUUGAAUGGGUACAGAUGUGUCUAUACAUGAGAAAGUCACUGCAAUCACAUCAUUGAACAAUACGUGUAUGAAUAUUGGCUCUUUGAAUAAUUUCUAAUAUUUCGGAGUAUAAACAAACAGAAU